GAUCCUUUCACACAAGUCAAUCACUCCAAUUGGUUCACUCCAGAUUUGAAACCGGUUCUAGUCUGAAUGUGGGACACAGGCUCACAGCUGAGAAAAAGGGGAGCUCGCUACGCUUCUUGCUCCAGGAUUUAAAUGUCCAGGAAACAGAUUUGCAGAGACAGGAGGAAGGAGCAGGAGCUGCUUAGGACGGGUUGGGGUCAACACCAGGGCUUUGCCCAACAAGCGAAGGAUGAUCCAGCGACACCAGCUGGUGCAGUCUGUGCUUCAGGAAUUGCAAGAGGCGGCCGAAUGCUUUGGGCUGGAGGGACUCACCAGCGCAACCCUAGAAGCCGAGAGGACUUUGUCCUCGUUCUCCUUACCUGGCUACCGUGAGAGGCCGUUCCAGGAAGAGCUGGAAGUUGACCGGGUUGCAAAAAGCCUCUACCCAGAAGAUGCUCCUUGCAAUAUGCUGCCUUUGGUUUGCAAAGGCGAAGGGAAUCACCUGUUUGAGGCUGCCAGUGUGCUGCUGUGGGGGAACACAAGCCUAAGUCUGGAGCUGCAGGUGCGCACAGCAGUGGAGAUGUUGCUGCACAAGCAGUAUUACCUGCACGGCAUGAUCGACUCCAAAGUGAUGUUGCAGGCAGCUCGCUACUCCCUUUGCACGGAGGAAUCCCCUGAGAUGACUAACUUGCCCUUGGCCAUCCUAGAGGCCAUUUUUGAUGCGGACAUCAAAGCCACCUGCUUCCCUGGCACUUUUGCCAACAUGUGGCACAUGUAUGCCUUGGCGUCAGUGCUGCAGUGCAACAUCUAUUCCAUAUACCCAAUGAGCAACCUAAAGAUCCGGCCAUACUUCAACCGACUGAUCCGACCCAGGGGGUGCGGCUUGCAAGUUUCCACGCUGCAUAUCAUGUGGUCAGGGCAGCGGCUCUCGUCCCAGCUAUUCAGAGCUCAGUACUUUGUGCCUGUGGUCGGCCUUGAGGAGCUGGAAGCCACAAGCCCAGCUCCAGAGCCUCCCGUGCAACCGGUGAAUACCUUGGAGCUGCUGCCUAGGGAUCCCCAGGUGACUCAUUCGAACCUAUGCGAAGGAUAUAGCAUCACCAAAAGUACUUUCUAUCGAUGGAAGCGCCAGUCUCAAGAGCAUAGGAAGAAGGCAGCUGCCAGAUUUGCGGCCAAACAGUUCCUGCAGUCCUGCUUCCGAGAGGGCAAGGUGGUCCCUCUUCAGCACUUCCGACAAAUGUUCCCAGAAAUCUCUCGCUCCACUUACUAUGCCUGGAAGCACGAGAUGCAAAACGUGACAAAUGGCGGGGCCUCUUCCCCUGUGGAAGUUGUGCUGCCAAAGGAUCCUCAGGUGCACAAACUGGAGAAUCUCCCUGCAGGCAAUUACGGUGUAACAAAGUCUGAAGGAGGCCAUGGGUCCAAAAGCCCGCUCUUGAAUACCAACCAAAAUGGGGCUUCCAUGCAAGGAGCCAAGUCUUACCUGGAGAGGUGCAUUUCCAUGAAUACUGUUCUGCCCUACAGGAGCUUCAAGUGCUGCUUUCCUGGCAUCUCCAGGUCCACCUACUACAACUGGAGGAGAAAGGCCAUCAAUGAGAACCCCAGCUUCAUGCCUUCUCAGCCUGUUUCCAUCAACCAGAACCCCCUUAUGAACAAGAAGCCGUUCCUGCCAUUCAAGGCAGGGAGCCUCCCUAGUGAGAAGAUGCUCAAUGGACACCAUCCAGGGCCACGUAUUAUCAUGCGCAUUAAGCCAUCUUUAUACAGCUGGCAAAAGCACCUUCGCGACUUGGCCAAGAAACGCGUCUGUCAGUGGAAAAUGCCCUUCUGCAAGUUCCGCCUGCGCUACCCAAGCAUUUCUUCCACAGCCUAUUGGUUUUGGAGGAAAAGCGGCAGCCAAGCAACCAAGAAACGCGGCCUUACCCCAAACGGGCUUUCCAAAAGCUUCCGACCCGAAACCGCUGAGACUAGUGGGAAGGCAGAACUUGAACAGCGCCCACUGCAGCAAAAGGAGAGUGCUCUAGUUCUUAUAGACAAGCAGGCUCCCGAGCCAUACAAUGCCGUGAUACCAGGCUACCAAAUGGCAGAGAACAACAGCAUGUUUGUGAUGGAUGUGAUUGCCACGGCUCAGUUCAAAGCCCAGGCCAAGCUGUUUCUCCAGCAGCGCUUUGAGUCAAAGACCUUCCCAACGUACAAAGAGUUCCGAGCUCAUUUCCCCUUGACGGCACGUUCCACUUACUACAUGUGGAAACGUGCCUUGCAUGAUGGACUGACGCUGGUGGAUGCCUGAGGCUAGUCAAGACCCUUGCCAGUCAGUCUGCCAUUGGA